AUGUACGUCAAGGUAUCCCCUAUGAAAGGAGUCACACGUUUUGGAAAGAAGGGGAAAUUGAGUCCUAGGUAUGAAGGACCAUUCGAAGUUAUGGAAAGAGUUGGUGCAGUCGCAUAUCGUUUGGAACUACCAGUUGAGAUGCAAGGAAUGCACAACUUCUUUCAUGUAUCGUCAUUGAAGAAGAGCUUUGGUGAAAGACAGCCUGUAGUAGUGGAAGCCGGUAGCAUACGACUUCAACCGAAUUUGUCUUAUAAAGAAUGGCCUGUUCAGAUCAUGGAUGGCAAAGAACAACAACUAAGUAACCAGAAGGUGUCGUUAGUGAAGGUUCUUUGGACUAAUCCAGCUUUACAAGAAGCAACGUGGAAAAGAGAGGAUUUGAUGAGGACUAAACAUCCUCAUUUGUUUGUAACUUAG